AUUAAGACUGAUGUCACGAAGCGCCCUAUCGAUCAGGCUAUUAAGCAGGUUCGUGUCUUCAUCGGUCAUCCUGUACAUGACCGCCUCAAGUUCGACCCUAACCACAGUGGUGCCUAUGCUAGAUGGCGUGUUGCCUUUGCUGAUGCGAUCGAGCGCGUGCCAUGCUCUCGACAAGUUGCUACGGAGGCAGUUCUGGCAUGUCUACCAGAGCCUGUCAAAGGCACUGUCGAACGAAGUGUUCACCCAAGUGACAUCGAGAAGUUUGGUCACGUCAUCAUCAUCUAUGCCUUGGACCAUACCUAUCUGACGAAGCUCGAGUUGCGUAGUGUCUCCGCUGCGUGGGAGAGAAUCUGCCAACAACCCAAUGAGUCUGUCCGCCAAUAUGCUACGAGGUUUGAGCACUGUGCACAUGUAUACACAGCUCUCUACUAUACUCAUGGUCUUUCUGCCCGUGACAUUACCACCAAAUUCUCUGAUGGUCUCCGUGGUGCCCGUGAAGUUCUGGGAAGAUGUCUCAUUGACCCCCAAUGCCAGCUUGGCUAUGAAGCUUACAAGCUUGCACUCUUCGCUUUUCUCGACAACGGUACACCCCUGCCCGAUGAUCUAACGGCAAUGAUGCCCG